AUGUGGCACGAGGCACGUCGUCAAGAAAAGUUGAUUCGUUCACAAAUGAUCGACAGUGUUAAGAGGAAUGAACGGCGAAAAAUAUUCUACGAGAAUGUGCGCAAAGAUCCCGAACAGUUCAUGCAACUUCACGGUCGUAAAUCGCAAAUUCACGUCGAUCCGGCAGUUGCUCGUGCAGCCGAAGCGUCCAAUAUUUUGUGGGUUUUACUGUUUGUUUUGCUUUGCCUCGUCGUUUUUGUGGAUUCACGUAAGUGGCAAGGUGAUCCACAGGUAUUGAUUGAUCGAUUCGAUGCACGUGCUCAUUUGGAUUUUAUUGCGGAAGUGAAUCGCAAGGACGAUGAACAUCGGCCCACAAUCGAUGUGGAAGAGUUACAGUGUGAGUACGAGAGGUAUCGAAUUCUGAUUCUGAACGAAUUUGAUCGAGGAUUAUUGCGUAAAUUUACCGAAGUGAUGGCGCUGUUUCUUAGACUCCUAACUUCACGUGCUUAUUGCAAAGAUAUCUUGGAAUUAUCCGAGCGUACAUUUCUGAAAGAAAUUGCUGCCAAAGAAUUUUGGCCCGAUGAAUCGACGUCGUCGUCAACGAAUCGCAUUGAACACGAAAAGAAGAAACAAUCUCGUGACAAGAAGGCGGCCGUUGCGUUCCAGUAUGAAGAUACGGCUGUAGUCAAAGGGCAUUCGACGCAAAAUGCGGAAUCGGAAAGUUCUGACGAAGAAGAUGAAAUAAUUGAGCCAGAGGAAUUCGUGCCAGUGUUAUCGGGUCGUCAAGCAAAAGCUGAACGUGCCCUGUUGAAGAAGAAACGUUCACUGAUCGUUGGAAAAGGAUGUUUGAAUGAAGAGGCAACCACAACACUUCUGUCAUUCGUCACUCAAAACAAGAGUCAAUACGAAGAAACAUCUUCAUCGUCGUCGUCAUCGGAAGGUGAAGAGAAGACCGAAUUUAUCACGUCGUUCGGUGAAGAGCCUGGUGAUAAGGCGGAUAAACGCAGUGACGAUGAUGACCUGUUGGAAGAGGACGAAGAGCGUAAUGUCGUUCAUGGGCCAGCUUUACCUUCAGCUGAAUUUAGACGUAUAUUUGAACUGAAAACACGCCGUUCAUCAAGUCCAGAGGAUCUGAGCGGUGUGACACCGUCAGCAUCCAGUUAUGCACGUCGACGCGUUCGAAGUAGGUCACCAAUGCGUAGGAUGAGAUCUAGAAGUCGGGACAAGUUUAGCAAACGGGAUCGUCGAGAAAUAGCUAAGUCGAGAAGUCGCUCUAGAGAGCGAGCUAGGAGUCGAACUAAGAGCCGGAGUCGGGAGCGUAGACAGAGAAGUAGAAGUAAGGAUAGGAAGGGGGAGAGGAGUAGGAGUCCGAUAAAGGUUAGAAAUAGGAGUAGGAGUAGGAGUCGGAGCCAUGGCAAAGGCCGCAGCAAACGCGAUCGAGACCGGAAGUCAACUAGCAAAGAACGGCGAAGCAGGCGAAAGAGUCGAUCGAAAAGGUUUGUGUCGAGUGAAAAAUUUAUCGCCCGAUUGUUACUGGUCAUUCAGAUAGAUGUUUUGAAGAGAACUGAGAACGCUGAACGAAUUUGGAUACAUUUUGCGAAUUUUAUUUGGAAACGAAGUGAAUCAAGAGAGCGUAAGAGUGGCGAGCGCCGAUAUCGACUCAGCGAUUCGGGUGGAACAGGUCGUUUGUCGUCCACCGAAUCGCCGAAUCAAAACAACAGGAGUAACCUGAUGUCACCGCAACAAUCAAAAAGCACCGGCUCAGUGUUAUCACCGAGCCGAAGUAAUGGUGAUACGUCUCCACUGGCGAUUCGUUCGAGUAUGAGCGAAUCAGAACGCGAACGCAUCGAAGUGGAGAAUCGCAGAAGGCGUAUCCGACGAACUGCUCGGAUGCAUCGACAGCACAAUGUGAGCAGCACUCAUGGAGAUAGGUCAUCAGACGAUGAAACGGAAAGGAAAACUGCACUGGCGCAUCGUCUCAAACUACAAAUGCAACGAGCUUUGCGUAAAACAGCGGAAGAGUUGAAAGAAGAGGAACGCCAUAAGUUGGCCGAACAACUGGAGCAAAGACGGAGACGUGAAGAGCGAGUAUACGAGGAAUCAUUGGAAUUGAGACGAAGGUGA